AUGAGCAAAAAAGAUAACGGGGCCUCACUCAUCCUUGCCUACCUAAAUGAGAAAAACCGUCCCUACAGCUCACAGGAUGUUUACUGUAACUUACAAAAGCAGCACGGUUUGGGUAAAACGGCAGUGGUCAAAGCCAUGGAGCUGCUGGCUGCCGAGGGCAAGAUAAAAGAGAAGAUAUAUGGCAAGCAAAAGAUUUACUUUGCCGAUCAGUUUAAAGACGGAAAUGGGGCACCCCCAAAGGCCAUGGACGGUCAGAUCUCGGCUCUCAGCGCGGAGGUGCAGAGCCUCACUCAGAGCUGCAAGCAGCUGGAUGCAGAACUGAAGGAGCUGAACAGCUCCCUGACAACAGAGGAAAUGGUGGCAGAGAUCCGGGAGCUGAAAGCCGAGUGUUCCGGGUACAAGGCGCGCCUGGACAAGAUAAAGUCGGCCACAAAUCACGUCACCCCAGAAGAGAAGGCGAAGGUUUAUAAAGAGCGAGACGUUUACGUCAAAGAGUGGAAAAAGAGGAAGAGGCUGGCUUCAGACAUGAUGAAUGCAAUCCUAGAGGGAUAUCCAAAGAGCAAAAAGGAGUUCCUGGAGGAUGUUGGAGUGGAGACGGAUGAGGACUGCAAGGUGUCUGUUCCAAGUACUUGA